UGAUCAAGCAGUCGUACCGUCUCGUUGACACAUUAUGCAAUGUAUCAAACAAACUGAGUCUCUUUUAUAAGCUCAACCUUAGGCUAACUACAAAUAAAAGAAAUGCUGCGAAAAGCAUCGAUGCUGACUGCAGCCGUCGCUGUUGGCGCGGCCACAGUAAAGCCACAAACGAACGACUCUAUGGUUUGCAAGCCUAGCGACUUACCGAUUUACGGUUCCUUGCGGACGCCAGCUCCCCAAAGGGUCCAGGAACACACAAGAAGGGAGUCGUCGCUUCAUAAAUCGGUAGAGGAAGGCGUGCGCACCGUGCGCACUGAGAUUCAGAAUGGAUACAAAGUAGUGGGGGAUAGGACUGCGAUUGUGAGCGAUUAUUAUAAUACAGCAAGGGAGCAUACGCAGCGUUCCAUCGAUUUCCUCAAUGAGCCGCAGAAUUCUAUACAUCGCAGUGGCGCCAUUGUGGUGGGUGGUCUUGCUGGAUUCAUAUUCGCGGCACGUGGCGGUUUUUUCAAGAAGAUCUUGUACACGACCAUUGGUGCUGGCACCGUUGCAUCCCUCUGUUAUCCACACCAAGCGGAGGACAAUGUGCGCAUUGUGCUGUACGAGGGACGUAAAAUCUUUGCCGUUGCAUACAACUUCAUCAAAGGCGUAAAGCCCGGCGAGGAGGUGCCAAUCGAGCCAAUUCAGAAGUUUCCCACAACGCUGAAGGAAUUACAAUUUCUGGCCUUAGAUCUGUUCGAUGAGGCAAAGGAAGCGCUCCUACCCAAGAAGAAGGAAAAAUAAGUGAUAUGCACUUGCAAGCGAACGAAUUGAGGUCCGUUUUUGUCUAUAGGAAUGUAUACAUGAUAGUAUAUAUAUUUGCGAUCAUUAUUACAGUUCUCUGUAUAACUAUUAUGUUUGCAUGUUUGUGCUGCCUGCAAUAAAAUCAUGUUGCUUAUCAAAAGUGAAAA